GCAGGGUUCAUAUCACUGUAUCCUAUAUAAGCCGUCUGCCCUGUGUUGGGGUUUCAUUACUUUUUGAUUUACACCGCUUGACGACAACCUUUAAAGACGAUUUAACUUUUUAAAACCUAUGUAAACUCAUCAAAUCUACAUCAAGACUUUUAACCUUUGGGAAGAGAGAACUGUAUUUUUGCCGUUUAAUAUUGGCUUCCGCAUAAAAUUCGCCGCAGAUCGAGUGAAAUAAUUGGAAUUAGUGCAAAGUGUCUUUAUCUAUCGAUAUCAUUUAAAGAAUCUUCCCCCAGUGUCCGUUAUCAGAGGACAGAUGAUAACCCUGGUAUGCCUGCCUCCCGCGGAGGUGUUUAUACAGCCCCUUACAAUUCGGAUAUAAACGUACCCCGCAUGAGAUGUUCGGACCAGAAGCUUCCAAGCCAGCAACCAGCAAACAUAUAGUGCAGUCCAAACACUUUUCUAAAAGGAUUUUAUUAUUUGCCUUUAGCUUUUCAGCAAUUAUAAGAAUGUUGGAGUUUAUCUACUUUUUCUGCCUGAUUGGAGUGACAACAAAGAUCUUUGCUUUACCAAUAUUGUCUACAGAUCUUAGAGACAACAAUUAUUUUGGCGUACCAAGGGAUGUUGAGGACGUGUCCGUUCCAGCACAAUUUCUCGUUAAUUAUGAAAACUUGAUGAACUCUGAUGAGGAUUUGAGUUACCCUGUCUUGCCAUUACCCCAGAAUCCACCAGAAUGGCUGAUGACACUGAUUCAUAGGAUCAUGGCCAAGUCGUCUGGUUUUUCCAACAGACAAAAGCGCGGGUAUCCGGAUUAUUCGGAUCCAGCCCUCCAAGCAAUUUUACGCGCCUUUUACAAUACAUAUGGCGGAUAUGGUGGCAGAAUGGGUCUCCGAUAUGGACGCUCAGUUCGAUCUGUACGAAACCGUAUCCCUGUUCAACAUAGAAUUUUCCAUAAUUCGUUUUUGAAACGAAUGAAAGCAGACUCCCAUUCCAGAGGUCGUUUUCGAAGGUCAUCGUACAGACAAGAUGAACUACGAAGACUUAUUAGAAUGUUUUAUUCAAGGGGAAAAAAUGUCGGACGCUUAGGUAUGAAAUUUGGCUGAAAAGUGUGUUUUAUACCUACACGGUAUCCUAUUGACCUCAAAGGCAGCAGACUAUUGAAUGUUAUUCGUGUAAGAUAUGGACCAGUGAGGGCGCUUCACGAUGUUUGCAAUGCACUCUCUUAAACAAUGAGUUGAUGAAUCUCUCUGUUAUGUAAAUAAUGUACAUAGUGUAUUUAUUUAUACUGUUUGUAAAUAUUGUAUAUAUUGUGCAAGAUAAAAAAAAAACUCGAUAAAUCUUUGAAAAAAAAAAUUAAAAGUUUAAAAGUAUAAUA